AUGGUAACCUCUUAUUCAAGAUAUGAAGAGCUUGGUAUGUGGAAUACCGAUAGCCGCAGCUAUUUGUUGGAGCCCAAAACCGGACUAGGACCAAAGCUUGUAGGUUUUCUCGGAAAAUCCAGUGAUUCGGUAAAUGCAAUUGGAGCUCGCUUUCAGUCUUCUGCUCGCACACCAAGAUCAUCUUUCUUCUUGAUUAUUGUCUUGUUGGUAAUUGUCUUGUCUAGGUUUUCAAACCAGAGAGCAGUGGCGACUGGUAGUGGAAGAGCGGUGGCGACCAGUAGUGGAAGAAUGUUCAAAAAUUGGUCAAAAGAGUAG